AUGAGCAUGAGCAUGGCACUGCCAUUGACCCGUCUCGUCGUCCUCUUGGGCGUGCAGGCCGGCUUAUGGACCCAGGGCGCAAGAGGCCUCGACGGCGCCUCGGCUGACGUCGUCGUCAACCUUCAACCGCUCGAGGUGAAUUGCCAAGGCAAUAUAUAUUCGUUGACGGGAGCCUACACAGUCUCGGCUGCCGCAGCCGGGCCUUACACAACGGCAGCUGCUGGGCCGGCGUCGCAGACAGCCGCCGUCUCGCAGUCUUCCGGCGGGACCGCAUCUACGGGCUCCAACUCCAGGCCUAGCUGCCAGCUGCCCAGCCAGGUCGCCGGCUUCCAGCUCUACGGAUGCGUGGCUCUGUCCGCCGGGCUGCUGACCGACUUCGCCGUCGUCAGCUCGAGCCCGUCCAUGAGCCUGCAGGUGUGCGCGGCGGCCUGCGCGAAGAGCUUCUUCGGCGUCCACGACAGUGAGUGCUACUGCGGCGAUGCGGUGCGCUCCCGCGCCUCCGUCGUAGCCGUCGGCCUGUGCAACAUACCGUGCCCAGGGAACGAAGGGCAAUGCUGCGGCGGGGACGUGAGUCUCCUGAAGCGGCAGGUGGCGUCCGUCGCGGCGCUGUCUCUGUAUCAGCGCCCAACUGGCUCGACAACGGGCGACGGCGGCGUUUCGGCAAGCAGCAGCCCGGCAAGCAGCGGACUGGCGAGCAGCGGACUGGCAAGUAGCGGGGGCACCUACGUGACCGUGACCCAGCCCGUCGGCGGCUCGGUUACGGCGCCGGUCACGCUUACGGUUCCCCCGAGCGGGACCGUUCCGGGCACCGUGAUUAUUCAGACCCCGGCGGCCUCGGCGGCCACGGGACCGUACGUUACUCUUACCCAACCGCUGACCGGGACCAAUACGGCGCCUACGACCGUGACCAUCCCACCUAGCGGCACGAUACCUGGGACCAUUGUCAUCCAGACUCCAGCGGCAGCUGGGUCCUACAUCACCGUUACCCAGCCCCUCUCCGGCACCAACACGGCGCCCACCACCCUGACCAUCCCGCCCAGCGGCACGGUUCCCGGCUCCGUGAUAAUCCAGAUACCGCCCACAACUGCGCCAGCCACAGGACCUUUUGUCACUCUAACCCAGCCUCUCUCCGGCACCAACACCGCGGCGACGACCGUGACCAUCCCGCCGAGCGGCACCGUCCCAGGCAGCGUGCUCAUCCAGACCCCGGCGGCGAAUGGACCUUUCGUCACCAUCACCCAGCCCUUGAGCGGGACCAACCUGCGGCCCACCACAAUCACCAUCCCGUCAAGCGGCACCGUCCCGGGAACCAUCAUCAUCCAGACACCGGCAGCGACUGCGCCGGUGACGGGUGCUUUUGUCACGCUUACCCGCCCUGUGAACGGAACAGGUACCGCACCCACCACAAUUACCAUCCCGCCAAGCGGUACGGCCCCCGGCAGCAUCAUCAUUCAAACGCCGCUGCCAAGUGGUCCGUACGUUACUCUCACUCGACCUUUAUCGGGGACAAAUACCGUCCCCGUCACGGUGAUUAUCCCCCCUAGUGGCACUGUCCCGGGGACCAUCAUCGUCCAGACGCCGCUGGUGACUGGGCUGUAUGUGACACUCACCCAGCCCCUGGGCGGGACGAACACGGCACCCACCACGGUGACCAUCCCACCCAGCGGCACCGUCCCCGGCAGCAUCCUCAUCCAAACGCCACUUGGUGCCGCAUCGUCGAUUGGUCCGUAUGUGACAAUCACACAGCCUUUUAGCGGCACCAACACAGCUGCCGUCACGGUGACUAUCCCUCCAAGCGGCACUGCUCCAGGAACCGUCAUCAUCCAGACGCCCGCCGUCAGUAAGCCGUACGUCACCAUCAUGCAGCCUCUGAGCGGAACCAACACAGCUCCCGUCACCGUCACGAUCCCCCCGAGCGGGAGCGUGCCCGGCAGCAUCAUAAUCCAGACGCCGCCGGCAGUCGGGCCAUACGUGACCAUCACCCGGCCGGUGGUAGGCACCAAUACGGCGCCUACGACGAUAACCAUCCCGCCUAGUGGUACGGUUCCCGGCACGGUUGUUGUGCAGACACCAGCCCCGUCGGCGGGGCAGUACGUCACCCUGACCCAGCCCUUGAGCGGCACGAACACGGCAGCGACGACUGUGACGAUCCCGCCGAGCGGCACUGCCCCCGGAUAUGUCAUUGUUCUGACCCCGCGGCCUACCGGACCAGCCACGGGGCCUUACGUCACAAUCACCGAGCCGGUGGCCGGGACGAACGCGCUAGCCACCACGAUAACCGUCCCACCCAGUGGCACGGCGCCAGGCACGGUGCUCAUCCAGACGCCAACGGGGACGGGGGCAGCCGCUGCACCGUAUGUUACCCUGACUCUUGCCCAGCCGUUAAGCGGCACCGGCACGGCUCCGGUGACACUGACGAUCCCCCCGAGCGGCACCGUUCCCGGGAGUGUGAUUAUCCGGACGCCGCUGGCUACUGGGCCGGCGGCUGGUCCGUACGUCACUAUUGCCCAGCCCUUGAGCGGGACUGGUCAGUUGCCCACCACGGUGACCAUCCCUCCUAGCGGGACGGUGCCCGGGACAGUGAUUAUACGGACCCCCCCGGCCACGGGUUCGUCCGUCACCCUUACACAGGCUCUGUCUAGCACAAGUACGGCGCCUACGACGCUGACCAGCCCGACCAGCAGUACUGCUCCCGGGACCGUAAUCACUACUACCGUGACAAUCCCGCCUAGUGGUACAGUUUCCGGCACCGUGAUUAUCCUGACAUCCGCGGUGACAGGACCGGCUCUCAACAGUACGACCGCAAUAACCAUCCCAUCAAGCAGCACCAUCCCUGGAAGCGGUAGCAGCAGCAGCAGCAGCAGCAGUGGUAGUGGUAGUAGUAGUAGCAGUGCUCAAGCACCGACGACGGGGCGAUUCAUCACCCUCACCCAGCCUGUGAGUGGCACAAAUACGGCUCCUACCACGAUAACCAUCCUACCCAGUGGUACGCUUCCUGGGAGUAUCAUUGUCCAGACCCCGACAGGUGCUGCUCCCUAUAUAACUCUCAGCCAACCUUUGAGUGGCGCAAACACCAUAGCUACAACCAUCACAAUACCGCCUAGCGGUACAGUUCCUGGGACUAUAAUUAUUCAAACGCCGCUGGCUGCUGCGUCUUAUAUCACCAUCACGCAUCCUCUGAGCGGCACCGAAACAGUGCCUACUACGAUAACCAUUCCACCGAGCGGCACGGUUCCCGGGUCUGUAAUUAUCCACACGCCGCCGGUGACUGGGGCGUACGUCACCCUCACCCAGCCGUUGAGCGGUUCGUACACUGUUGCAACCACUAUAACGAUAUCUCCUAGCGGCACGAUUCCCGGGUCCAUCAUCAUCCACACGCCGCAGGUGACUGGGGCGUAUGUUACCCUUACCCAGCCUAUAGGUGGAUCAAACACAGCUCCCACCACGGUGACUAUCCCACCCAGUGGUACAGUUCCCGGUUCCGUAAUUAUACAAACGCCGCCAGCUGCCAGUCAGUAUGUUACUCUCACUCAGCCCUUGAGCGGUUCCUACACUGUAGCUACCACCAUCACGAUACCUCCUAGCGGCACGAUUCCCGGGUCUGUAAUUAUUAUUACGCCGCCGGUGACUAGGGCGUAUAUUACUCUUACCGAGCCCUUGAGCGGUUCCUACACUGUAGCUACCACCAUCACGAUACCUCCUAGCGGCACGGUUCCCGGGUCUGUAAUUGUUGUUACGCCGCCGGUCACUGGGGCGUAUAUCACUCUCACCCAGCCUUUUAGCGGUUCUGAUACUGUAGCUACCACCAUAACGAUACCUCCCAGCGGUACAGUUCCCGGCUCGGUCAUCAUCCAGACGCCGCUAGUUUCCGCCCCUUAUAUCAUUCUUACUCAGCCUCUAAGUGGCAGUAUUACAGUCCCGACUACCUUGACCAUCCCACCCAGCGGUACAGUUCCCGGCACCAUUAUUAUCCAGACCCCCCCUGUGAUCGGACCGUACAUCACUCUCACCGAGUCCCUGAGUGGUACCGUUACUGCUCCCACUACUAUUACUAUCCCACCUAGUGGCACUGUCCCCGGCUCCGUGAUUAUUCAAACACCGCCAGUUCCUGGUCCUUUUAUCACGGUCACCCAGCCUCUAAGCGGGACUGUUACGGAGCCUACCACUUUAACGAUCCUUCCCAGCGGUACAGUUCCUGGCACCGUGAUUAUCCAGACUCCCCCCGUUGCCGGAUCGUACGUAACUCUUACGCAGCCUCUGGCCGGCUCCAAUACUGCUCCAACCACGGUUACUGUCCCACCUAGCGGCACGGUUCCUGGAUCUGUUAUCGUCCUAACCCCUACUGUUGCCGGGUCGUACGUAACUCUUACUCAGCCUCUGGCCGGCUCCAAUACUGCUCCAACCACGGUUACUGUCGCACCUAGUGGCACGGUUCCGGGAUCUAUCAUUGUCCUGACCCCUCCCGUAACCGGGCCCUAUGUAACCCUCACCGAGCCGUUAACUGGCACAAACGUGGUACCCGUUACGUUGACGAUUCCACCUAGCGGCACGGUGCCUGGGUCUAUUAUUGUCCUGACCCCCCCCGCGACCGGACCAUACAUCACUCUAACCCAGCCUUUAAGCGGUUCCGUUACGGCUCCUACUACGGUGACCAUCCCGCCUAGCGGCACCGUUCCCGGAUCCAUCAUCAUCCAAACGCCGCAAGUUGCUACUGGGCCUUAUGUUACGCUCACGCAGCCUUUGAGCGGCACCGGCACAGCGCCUGCUACCUUGACAAUCCUGCCUAGUGGGACAGUCCCCGGCAGCGUCAUCGUCCUCACCCCCCCGGUAACUGGGCCCUAUGUCACCCUCACCCAGGCCUUCACUGGCACCGACACGGCGCCCAUCACGACGACUAUCCCGCCCAGCGGCACGGUUCCCGGUUCCGUAAUCAUCCUGACCCCUCCCGUAACCGGACCCUACGUCACCAUAACUCAGCUGUUGAGCGGCACCAACAGGUUGCCCAUGACGACGACUAUUUUCCCCAGCGGCACGGUGCCUGGGUCCGUGAUUGUGCAGACGCCUGUCUCGCGGAGCUGCCGGCCGAGACCCUACGUAACUCUCACUCUCCCGCUGAUGGGCAACAACACGGUGCCUGCCACGACGACAAUCUCUGCCACCGGCACGGAUGCCAACACAGUUCUCGUUCUGACGCCGCCGGUUUACGUCACCGUCACCCAGCUCCUUACCGGUGGCGGCGAUUCGCCCGUGACAACCACCAUUCCCCCGAGCGGAACUAUUCCCGGCAGCGUCAUCGUGCAGACGCCGCCGUAUUCGUACAUGACGACAACACUGAUCGCACCGGUAUCGGCACCGACUACUGUCACCUUGGCCCCUAGCGGCACCGUUCCGGGCGCCGUUGUCGUGGAAACUCCUCCGACCAUUCGUCCCGGGCGCUAUUGUGACCUAUACCCGUCUUGCGCUGCCACAGGCCUCGACAUCUUGCUGUACAACAAUACUUACUGCACAGGCUACGGAGGCUACGGAAGCAACAACGUCAAUCCAUCAAACAACAACCCCAACUAUGGCUUCUAUCUCUCACAAGCACCCGCAGCUCUUUCGCUUACCAACUCAACCUCUUUCCCGAGGUUUGUUCCCAACGUCCAGCAGACUAUUCAGCCUUCUUGCGUCACCCCUCUCGGUUUAUACCUAAACUAUGUUGUCAAUCGCCAGGUGAACGGCGGGCUUUCUGUCAACGCGAAUAACUUUUCGCUCGUCUAUACCGGGUUCUAUGAGGCACCAGAAACGGGGCAGUAUCAACUGUGCUUCCAAAACGUCGACGACCGCGCUGUCCUCUUCGUGGGCGAGGGAUUUGCUUUCAGCUGCCAGUCCGGCCAGGUUGACCCAACCGCCCCUCCAUUGCUUUCAGUCGGUGCUGGGAGUGACGACUCAUUGGGUGCGGGUUGUACCGCUUUUUCCAUGUCUCAGGGUCAAGCAUAUCCGCUGCGGAUUGUCUACGGCCAGAACUCGGGGGUUUCGUCCUUCACCUUUACCAUCCAGGGUCCUGCACCGAGUUCGGCAACUAGCGAUUUUUCGGGACGGGUGUAUCCUCGGAGUUGCGGUAUCUAUGUUCCAACAUGA